AGUUGACAUUUGACAGCGCUUGUGAGCGGUACGUUGAAGCUUUUAACGUGACGGUUGCACUCUAAAGCAAACGGCAGCGACGGCGAGUAGCGCAAGUGUUUUGUUGAAAAGAAGAAAACGAUAUGUUUCGUGCAAGAAUUAAGCAAAUUUAAAUGAAAACCAUUGUGUAACGGAAUGGCUACUGCAGUUUUAUAAAAAAUUUCAUGUGAGAAAAAAGUGAAAGUGCGCAAUUUGUGAAAGUAUUAAGCCAAAUGCAGGGUCAGAGACAGUACGCAGAAACCAAGCAAUUCCAAUAGCAGUCAAAAAAGUAACUACAUUAGCAAUAUGGAUGCCACAACCACUGAACAGCCGAGCACUUCUUCAAGUGCCAAAAAGCAAAUUAAAAUCAAUUCUGCCACAAACAAAUCCAGCACUAACAAUACUGCCACCGUAACAGCGGCGAAAGAUCGCACAACAACAACAACGACGACACCUACCCUCGCGCAAAUUGGCAAACAGACAUCGCAUAACUUUCGCCUCAGUCAAAUCUCGGAUAGCGGUGCGGAGAGCGGUGACGAACAGACGCGUCUUAUACGCUCACCCUCCUCACGUUCGCAUAAAUUCAUUAUCAUACCCGCCACACCACUAACACCCAGCGGUAGUGCAAAGGAAGCAGCAACACUCCCAUUUCGACCAACCAUCUCUGCGAGCUCAUUGUCGACACUGGCCGCUGCACUACAGAAGACGCCUGCUUCGAGUCAACAACAAAAACAGCAAUCACUACAACGGCCUCGUUCAGUGGCACGUCAGUUGUCCGCAGCUGCCACAGCGGCUGCAGCUGCACCGCCUCCCCUGCUGAGCGGGGUUCCGAACACAGUUAAUCAGUCAAAACCAGCACCGCACUCUGCGACUCAUUCAACACCUCCACCAUCAUUAACUCGUUCAGCAGCACAAUCACAAUCGGAUGUAGUUCAUCAGCCGACUAAUACUAAAACACCAGCAACAAUAGCAGCGUUGCUUAACGAUAAUUCAGCUGGCGUGACAUUCACAAUUGAGGAUUGCGAAUCGGAGGGUUGUGGCGAUUAUGAUGACCGGUAUAGUGGCGAUUUCAGUGACGGCAAUGGUAUGCCUGUCUACGAUGCAACACUUCAUCCCGAUAAGGGAUCAACCGCAAUCAGUUCUAUUAAAUCCGCGUCGAAACUCGCGCCUUCAUACACAAUAGCCGGCGCACAAACGCCACUAUCUACAUCGACUGCAGGGCUAGUUACAGCAUCGACAGCACACUCAGCAACAGCUGUGCAUCCCUUUUAUCGUAGCGCAUUGGCAAACAGUGAAACCGCUCCAUAUCUGCAGGGAUUUUCGCGUGGGCGAAGUGAGAGAAGCAGCAUGAGAUCUGUGGUGUCAGCUUAUAUACCGGGUUCACAGGAUCACCUUGCCGAAGCGCUGGCACAGUACGAACUGCUUGAGCAGCAACAACAACAGCAGCAACAUUAUUUACGACCCAGCCAUUCGGGUAAAGAUUUAAGUGCGAGUUCCUCAUUCAUCUAUGGCGAUCACGUUGCCAAUCAAAUUUAUACGGAUGUGACGUCGGUCCGCUCAUUAGCAUCGAUUGGCAUCGGUUCGACGGAUGGACGUAGAUUGGUGAUAAGACGUGUGCCGCAUACACCGCAUGAACUAUUCAACAUGGUGCAUCCACCGACACCGCCUCUGCCCGGCGUGGAUGACGAUGAUAACGAUAGCUUUCUGGAUCCCUCUGAUGAUGCGGCCAAUUUGAAGCCACGUCAACAACAUUGGGCCAACAAAAUGCAGUUCGUAUUAGCCUGCAUAGGAUACUCAGUAGGGCUGGGCAAUGUCUGGCGUUUUCCCUACAUGUGCUACAAAAGCGGUGGUGGUGUGUUCUUAGUGCCUUAUUGCAUUAUUUUAUUUAUCUGCAGCAUUCCUUUGUUGUUUAUGGAGCUGUCAAUUGGUCAAUACACCGGGCGCGGACCAAUUGGAGCGUUAGGUCAGCUAUGCCCGUUAUUUAAAGGCGCUGGGCUUGCUAGUGUGGUUGUGUCCUUCCUAAUGUCCACUUACUAUAGUGUCAUCAUAGGUUAUUCAAUUUACUACUUUUUCACAUCAUUUCGGCCAGAUAUGCCAUGGAUCGAUUGUAAUAACCGGUGGAAUACGCCGGACUGCUGGGUACCUCAGCGCACACAAGGUGUUAUAGCGCCGAACACAUCACGAACGCCAUCAGAAGAGUUUUUCGAAAAUAAACUGCUGCAAAUCAGUCCCGGCAUUGAAUAUCCCGGUGCAAUGCGUUGGGAAUUGUUUGUCUGCCUUAUCUGCGCCUGGCUGAUGGUAUACUUUGCGACAUGGAAAUCAAUCAAAUCAUCAGCAAAAGUACGCUAUUUCACCGCCACAUUUCCCUUCAUACUAAUCAUCAUACUUAUGGGUCGUGCGGUUACGCUCGAAGGUGCCGAUGAGGGUCUGCGCUAUUUCUUUCGACCGAAUUGGUCGGAAUUGAAAAAUGCAAAUGUGUGGAUAAACGCUGCAUCGCAGAAUUUCAAUUCCUUAGGCAUUACUUUCGGUUCGAUGAUCUCAUUUGCGAGCUAUAACAAAUACAAUAACAACAUUGUACGCGAUACAGUCGCUGUAAGCGUUGUAAAUAUGCUAACUAGCCUACUAGUGGGUGUAUUUGCCUUUGCGACCUUGGGUAAUUUGGCAUUGGAACAGAAUACGAAUGUACGCGAUGUGAUAAGCGAUGGACCCGGUUUGAUAUUUGUGGUGUAUCCACAGGCGAUGGCGAAAAUGCCUUAUGCGCAAUUAUGGGCCGUAAUGUUUUUCUUUAUGCUGCUCUGCUUGGGUCUCAAUUCACAGUUCGCUAUUGUUGAAGUGGUGGUAACUUCGAUACAAGAUGGUUUUCCAAAUUGGAUUAAACGUCAUUUGGGUUAUCACGAGAUUGUUGUGCUAUUUGUAUGUGUUAUCUCAUUUCUUUUUGGUCUACCAAAUCUAAUGCAGGGUGGCAUCUAUUACUUCCAAUUAAUGGAUCAUUACGCCGCUUCCAUAUCGAUUAUGUUCCUUGCAUUCUGUCAGCUUAUCGCUGUAGCUUGGUUUUACGGUACAGGUCGUCUGUCAAAGAAUGUGAAACAGAUGACCGGCAAAGCGCCCACAUUAUAUAUCAAAACAUGUUGGCUACUGUUGGGACCUUGUCUGCUAUUUGCUAUUUGGGUGCUUAGUUUAAUUAACUAUGAAGAGCCAAGCUAUCAUAAUGGCCGCUAUAAAUACCCAGAUUGGGCGUACGGCAUUGGUUGGAUGUUCGCAUCAUUCUCGCUUAUAUGUAUACCCGGUUAUGCCAUAAUUAAUUUAUUACGCGCAGAUGGUCGUACAUUCAUGGAGCGCUUGAAGAAUACGCUACGCCCGAACAUCUACGAGUGUCGUAUAUGUGGCGAACAUCACUGUGAGCACGACUUCCCCGAACAGGAACAAUAUAUGCUCGCACAGGAGUUAUCGGGCAUUUAUAAGCCAAAAGAUACCUUGGAUCCCAAUGCUCCUAUAAAUCAUUUUAAUAUCGGCAACAAGGCAGGCUACAAUCCAAUGCAUCUGCAGCGUGAGCAAGUUGAAUUGGCUUAUGAGGAGAAGAGUCAUCAAGAAGAAGACGACACACAUUUGCCACCAGCCUCUACAGCCAGCACCUCGACAGCAGCGGGAGCAGGAAAUAAUAAAUGUUGAACAUAUUAAAUAUGCUGCUGAAACACUUCCUAGUAAUGUCCUCUGUAUUUAUAAACGGCUCAAUUAGUACUCAGUUUCAUGUAAUUGUGUAUAUAGCUGUUAAAGCCAUCACAUUGACUACUUGCAAUAUUUGUAUUUUAUGGAAAACUCCUGUAUAUGUUGUGAUCCUUAGAGUGCGUUGUUUGUCUUUUUUAGUUUAAAUAUAUAUUAUGUAUGCGCGUCUGCACAGAUCAUAUGGUUUUAUAUUGAGAAUAAGCUAUUUAAAUAAAGUUCAACCUAUCGUUAAUUAUUAGAAAUUAAUAUAAAGUGCACCACGCAAUUGUCUGCACAAAAUGAAAAUCUCAAAAGGCUUACAUACAUUUAACGUUAUUCAAUGUGAACUAGUGUUUAAAUUACAUGCGUACAUAUUUCAAAAAUUCCGAAAAUACAUAUACAGUAUUCAUAAUAACGAAAA